AUGUCAAUCGACGAUACCCCUAAACCCCUCCAGAUCGUUAUUAUCGGUGCUGGCAUCGCUGGACUGAACGCAACACAACAGGUCCUUGAAAAAUCCAAGUUCGCCAGAGAAACGGGCGCAGCUAUCCACGUACCCCCAAACUGCACGGCGAUGUUGCAAUGGAUGGAUGUUGAUCCAAAGGACUUUGGAGGGACAUUGAUUGAACAGAUCCAUCGCUAUGAUUCCAACGGCGAACUGAAGUACUGUAAAGAGCUCUCUGGUAUCCGUGACCAGUGGCAGGCUGAGUGGUACCUCGUCCACCGCGUCGACCUCCACAACUACCUCAAAGAACGUCUCGCCCGAACCCAAGGCACCCUCCACCUAGGAUGCAAAAUCACCCAUAUGGAUAUCGAAAGCGAACAACCCACCGUAACCUUAGAUGAUGACCGUGAAUUUACCUGUGAUCUCUUACUCGGCGCAGAUGGUCUACAUUCCAUCCUCCGCACGCACAUCGUCCCCAACUUCCCCUCCCCCUACCCAGAAGGAAAGUCCACAUUCCGAUGGCUCCUCAAAACAGAUGACAUGAAGAACGACGAAGCCACAAAAGACGUAGUCGGCGAUCCAGGCGUAUUCGUCGAAUGGGCAGGCAACGACAGACGUCUCGUUGCGUACCCGUGUUCAAAUAACAAGAUUUACAAUCUAUGUGGGUUUAUGCCGACGGCUGAGUCGGGGAAGUAUGCUGAAGGCUGGCAAGCAGUCGGCGAUAAAUCAGCUUUGGCAAAGGGCUUCUCGGGUUUCGCUCCCUCGGUCCAAAGGUUGAUCGACAUGGCGGGUGAUGAUCUGAAGGUGUGGGAGUUGGCUGAUAUGGAGAGGAUGCCGACUUGGGUUAGGGGGAGGGCUGCGUUGGUGGGUGAUUCGGCGCAUCCGUUUCAGCCUUGUAUGUUUGUUUUCUUUUACCCUUCUCUUAUCUCUAGUUGA